UGUCAAUGUAUUACGUGUUCUAUGGUGCCAAUUACGACGUGACGAAACUCGAAUCGAAAAGCGAAUAUGGCUGAAGACAGACAUCACUUGUGAUGGUUAAUAGAUUGAUGGCUAAAAAGUGAUACCUAUAACUUCAGUGUCGAUGAAUUAUGAUAAUAUAACCUAUUUAAAGUGUUUUUUACGAGUUGGAUCAGAAAAACGUGCGUUUUAAAGUUUACAGAACUAAUCUUGGGAUUAUAUAUUUCGUUCGUGGUGUGAAGUACAAAAUGGCGACUGACCGAAUUCAUUUACAGGACUUGAUUAGAAAUUUUCAUUUUUUUGCAGAUGUUUUGGAUUAUUUUUAUAAUUUAACGUUAUGGUAACAUUGUUAAAUGUUAGUAAAUUGUUUCUAAAAUAUUUUAAAACCGAAAAGUCGCGCAAUUCUCCGCAGAUACAAAUUAUCUUGUAGGACAAUUCCAGAGAUGGGAGACGUAUCACACUCCGACAAUUCUGGUUCAGGCUCUGACAAUGAAAGCAAGAGUGACUCAUCAUCUAACUCAGAAAGUGGAUCAAAUUCUUCAUCAGGGUCUGGCUCAGAAAGUGGGGGAGAAAAUUUGGAAAAUGGUUCUGCAAAUGAAGACGAUUCAAAGCCAGCUGAUAGUCAAAAUCAAGAUAUAAAUCAAUCAAGUCCUGUUAGUACAGAUAUCUCACCUGAAAAAUCUCAUCUAGAAACUUCUAUAGAGGAUCAAAAUAAUUCUGAUAGUAAUGGCGAUGGAGAAGUUAGAAGAUCUGUUCGAUCACGAAAAGCUGUGAAACGCCUUGAAAGCAAAGAUAGUGAUAAAAGUAGUAGCAAAAGUGAAGACUGGAAAUACAAUGAUGUUAGCUCUUCAGGUUCUGAAGAGGAGAUCGUCCGAGAAAAAGCCCCUCCAAGUAAAAGGGUGGGAGCUAGAGCUAGACCAGCUGUUACGAGGAAAAGGGCUGUUAAGAAAACUAGGAAUAAAUAUACGUCCGAUGAUAGUAGUGAAGAUGAAUCUGCCGAUGAAAGUAGAAGGUCGAAUUUUAGAAGAAAAGCAGCUGCGGUUAGUUAUAAAGAAGACAGUGAGGAAAAAACUGACUCUGAAGAUUUAUUAGAGGUAGAUAAUACUGAACCGGUUGAGCCUGUACCUGAAGAAAAGUGUGAGACUAUCGAAAAAAUUCUUGCACAUAGAAGAGGAAAGAAAGGAGUAACUGGAAAUAUUACUACCAUCUAUUAUGUAGAGGAAAAUGGUGACCCAAAUCAAGGAGCUGACGUAAACGAUUUAGAAAAUACUGAAGAUCAGUAUUUCAUAAAAUGGAAAGAUUGGGCACAUAUACAUAACACUUGGGAGUCGGAAGCAAGUCUUCGUGAACAAAAAGUCAGAGGAUUGAAGAAAUUAGAAAAUUAUAUCAAAAAAGAGACGGAAAUUCAACAACUGUUGAAAUAUUCCACCCCUGAAGAUGUUGAAUAUUACGAAUGUCAGUUGGAAUUGUCUCAGGACCUUCUCAAAAGCUACAAUCAAGUAGAAAGGAUAAUAGGUUGAUGUCAUAAAAAUUAGUGCAACUAAAAUAUUUGAUACUUUAAACCAAAUUUCCUGAAGAAAUAUAACACACUGCUACACGUUUGAAGAACAUUUUCUUAGCCAAAUACAAUAAACCCGAUGGUGGAGUAGACUAUUUCAUCAAAUGGGAAAGCUUGCCAUACUCUGAAUCAACGUGGGAAGACUCUGCAUUAAUACUUAAAAAAUGGCCGGACAAAAUUGAGGAGUAUGAAAAUAGAGAACAAUCAACAAGGACACCGACAAAGCAUUGUAAAGUACUUAAAUAUCGUCCAAAAUUUCACGAGGUUAAAGUCCAACCUGAGUAUAUGAUGGGUAAAGACAAAACUCUUAUUCUGAGGGAUUAUCAAAUCCACGGAUUGAACUGGAUGAUUCAUUCUUGGAGUAAGGACAAUUCUGUGAUUCUAGCCGACGAGAUGGGUCUUGGCAAAACGAUUCAGACAAUAUGCUUUCUGUAUUACCUCUUCCACACACAUCACUUGCAUGGGCCGUUUCUGUGUGUUGUUCCACUGUCUACGAUGACUUCUUGGCAGCGAGAGUUCACUCAGUGGGCUCCUGAGCUGAAUUUUGUCACUUAUCUUGGAGACUUGCAGUCACGUGAUACCAUUCGUCAAUAUGAAUGGUGCUAUGAGGGAUCAAAGAGACUGAAGUUUAAUGCCAUUUUGACAACCUAUGAAAUUGUUCUUAAGGAUAAAGCGUUUCUAGGUAGUUUGAGUUGGGCUGUUCUAUUAGUGGAUGAAGCACAUAGGCUCAAAAAUGAUGAUUCAUUACUGUAUAAGGCAUUGAUGGAAUUUGAUACUAAUCAUAGGCUACUGAUUACGGGUACUCCUCUUCAAAAUAGCCUCAAAGAAUUGUGGGCUCUUCUACAUUUCAUCAUGCCUCAAAAAUUUCACAACUGGGAGGAAUUCGAGAAGGAUCACGAUAACGCUGCUACUAAAGGUUAUGGCAAGCUACAUAAGCAACUUGAACCAUUCAUUUUAAGAAGGGUGAAGAAAGACGUAGAGAAAUCUCUUCCGGCAAAAGUAGAGCAAAUCUUAAGGGUAGAAAUGACCUCCAUUCAAAAACAAUAUUACAAAUGGAUUUUAACAAAGAAUUAUAAUGCUCUAAGAAGAGGAGUGAGAGGCUCUACAACUACUUUCUUAAACAUAGUCAUAGAAUUGAAAAAAUGUUGUAACCACGCGUUUUUAACAAAACCAACAGAAUACGAAAGUCAAACUUCCCAACAAGAUCAUCUGCAAAUGCUUCUACGAGGAUCAGGAAAGUUAGUCUUGCUGGACAAGCUGUUGAUAAGGCUCCGUGAAACUGGCCACAGAGUAUUGAUUUUCUCCCAGAUGGUUAGAAUGCUAGAUAUCCUAGCAGAAUAUUUACAGCUAAGACAUUUCCCAUUUCAAAGGCUAGAUGGUGGGAUUAAAGGAGAAUUGAGGCGACAAGCACUAGACCACUUCAAUGCCGAAAACUCGCAAGACUUUUGUUUCUUGCUCUCGACAAGAGCUGGUGGCUUAGGUAUCAAUCUUGCCACUGCAGAUACUGUGAUCAUUUUUGACUCUGACUGGAAUCCUCAAAAUGACCUCCAGGCACAAGCCAGAGCUCAUAGGAUCGGCCAGAAAAACCAAGUGAAUAUAUAUAGAUUAGUUACUGCAAGGUCUGUGGAAGAAGAGAUCGUAGAACGUGCCAAACAAAAAAUGGUUCUAGAUCAUCUUGUUAUACAGAGGAUGGAUACUACAGGUCGUACUGUUUUGGAUAAAAAGGGAUCUUCUAAUAAUACUCCUUUUAAUAAGGAAGAUUUUACUGCUAUUCUGAAAUUUGGUGCUGAAGAGUUAUUUAAGGAUGAAGAUGUUGACGAGGAACCUAACUGUGAUAUUGACGAAAUAUUGAGGAGAGCAGAAACUAGAGACGAUGGUCCCACAAUGACAGGCGAUGAACUUCUGUCAGCUUUCAAAGUGGCUAGUUUUGCAGCUUUUGAUGAGGACACUGAACCCUCACCAGUAAACAAUAUACCUGAUGAAGAAAGCAAAGAUUGGGAUGAAAUUAUACCAGAAAGGCUAAGAAAAAAGGUGGAAGAGGAAGAAAAGAAUAAAGAAAUGGAAGAUCUGUAUCUUCCUCCAAGAAGUAGGAAGACUUUGCAACAGAUCAAUCAGUCUGAGAGUGAUGGUGAAGGAAAAAGUAAAAGAGGCAAAGGUGAAAUAGAAACCGGGGCAUCUAGUGAUGCAGAUGAUUCUGAUGAUGAUAGGCCCAAGAAAAGAGGAAGGCCACCAGCUGGAAAUAGGGAGAAAAUCAAAAAUUUCACUGAUGCAGAGAUACGUCGGUUUAUCAAAAGCUACAAAAAAUUCAGCAACCCUCUAAAACGGCUGGAAGCCGUAGCUUGUGAUGCAGAACUGCAAGAAAAACCGUUACCUGAGCUGAAAAAAUUGGGCGAGUUAUUGCAUGAAAGAUGUAAGGCGUACAUGAACGAACAGUCCAAAGAAAAUACAGAGGCUAACAACGAAGAGGUAACAGGACGAAAAAGAAUUAGAGGUCCUUCUUUCAAGCUUGGUGGGGUAUCUGUAAAUGCAAAAACCAUGCUAGCUUGUGAGGAAGAGCUGGAACCUUUAGAUGAGGUCAUACCUGCAGAUGAUGAAGAAAGAAUGAAAUGGAGGUUUGACGCUAAAACAAAAUCUGCACAUUUUGAUGUUGAAUGGGGUACUGAGGAAGAUACGAAGUUGCUCAAAGGCAUAUACAUUUACGGCUUGGGUUCCUGGGAACAGAUCAAGCUCGAUCCAACACUGGCCAUUGGUGAUAAGAUCCUGUUAAAUGAAGAUAAAAAGCCUCAAUCUAAACAUCUACAAUCGAGAGCAGAAUACCUUCUAAGGGUUCUGAAAAAGCAGUUAGACAUGAAGAAAGGGAUCCAAAAACCUAAAAGACAACGUAAACUUAGAGAGAAUAAAGUCUUAACCAAAGAAAUAAUUGAAAAUGAUGAUAUUAGUUCUAAUGAUGAAUCCACCAAUCAGAGUAACUUAGCACAAGCUUCUGUUCUAUCUCCAAAAAAAGCACCCAAGGUAAAUAAAAAAGAAAAGGAAGAUAAGGAUGAUGAUGCUUCAAGACAUAGUUUGGACAAGAAAGAAAAGAAAAAGGAUAAAAAGAAAGGUAAUAAAGCAUCUGGGCCAAUGCAUUUUUCUACCAACGAACCUAUUGCAUUGGAGGUGCUUGGAGAUUUAGACCCAGCAAUAUUCAAUGAGUGCAAAGAAAAAAUGCGGCCUGUUAAAAAAGCUUUGAAAGCUUUAGACAAUCCUGAUCAAUCUUUGAGUGAGGCUGAACAAGUUCAACAUACAAGAAUAUGUCUUAUACAAAUUGGUGAACAAAUCAAUGUUUGUCUCAAUCAGUAUUCUGAUCCUGAAAAGGUCAAAGAAUGGAGAAGCAAUCUGUGGUACUUUGUCUCUAAAUUUACCGAAUACGACGCUAAGAAGUUGUAUAAAUUGUACAAAAAGGCCUGUAAGAAAGCUGAUAAGUCAGACAAGGAUGACGACACUACAAUGGAGCAAGAAAAGGCUUCUACAAGCAAACCGAAAAUUAAAAAGAACGAUAGCAAAAAAGGUGAAAGCAAAAAAAUGGAAGGCAAAAAAGGUGAAUCCAGGAAAACUGAAUCGAAAAGUGAAAUCAAAGAAAGUAAAGAACACUUGAAAAGAAAACAUGACAGUGAUACAGAGAAAGAUGUAAAGAAACGUCAAACUGAAAAGAAAGAUCGUGAUAAAAAUCCAGAGGAAAAGGAAAGGAAAAGACAAAGAGAUGAGACUAGUGAAGAUGAUACUGAUCAGAAAUUCAGUAGGCACAGAAAACCUGGAGGAUCUCAGAAACCUUUCAGGCAUGAGCCACCUGCUGACCACGAAAGGUGGCCGCCCCAGUCUAGAGACCGCGAGAGGUUUCCAGAACACAAACGGCCCUUUGACUUUCAACGAGGUCCGGGUUUCCAUAGGGAAAGAGAUUAUCCUAGGCUUGAUAAAAGGUAAGAUAUUUUUCAGGAGCACUUCUUACCUGUGUAACUUGGAUGCGUGGGAAUUGUCGAGUCAACCUACUUGACGCCAUUUUAUUUAAUGUAGCAUGGUAAAAAUGUGCUUCAUCUUUUCCGACGUCUUUCAAUGCUCUAGUUACUUUAGGGGUGUAAAUAAAAAAAAUUGUAUUAAUCUGUUUUUAAACUGAGCAGACCUCUCCUACAAUAAUAUCUUUUCUAUGUUUCUACAGGAUGUUACUGAAUAUUGUGAGGAAAAUCCAAAGGCAGAUCCAUCACGUGAAAAUCUGAAAAAAGUCUGGAUAUAUGUCCAUAGUUUAAACUUGUCUUUGAUAGUUUAUCUGGCAUUACUCGAAAACGGGUUGAGAAAUAUUUCAAUCGAUUUUAUUACAUUUAGAUGUAUUUGUAAGUGUAUUUUUUUUUAAAGAAAAAAAUCUGCCUCUUGGAGUUUUCCUUUCAGUCGCACCGUUUUCGAUAUAAUUGUUUUAUUAAAUUAUACGUCAAUUUGGAUAUCAUUAUUAAAAGAUAAUAAUUGUCACUUUUUACUUCCCAUGCUAACUGGCGAGGAAUAAUUGUAACCGUGAAGAAAUUCAAAUACAUCGCGAAAAAACAUUUCACUCGUUUCCAUGGGUAUGUCUGUACGCUAAUCCUUGGUCCCAUUAUAAUAUAACUUGGAAAGGACUGGUGUUAUAGUGUAUAAAUUUUGUAAAUGGUGGUUGAAGGGGUUUCAAUUUUGUAAAUGGCGGUUGUAAGGGUUUCAAUGAAAGACGCUCUAUUACUAUUACAAUCACUCCAAUAUUCACGGAUACACGUCUCGAGUUUCUCUCUCUGCUUCCCGUGCUGUGGCCACCUGAAGACGCCAGUAAAUUUACUUGCUUUGGCAGCAGGCAAGCGAUAGGCAUGUGUUUAUUUCAUCAUGACUUGGUGGAAAUUCCACUAGAAGCGUUAGGAAUAUUUAUCACAUGCAGUAGCAGUCUUGAAUAAUCUUUGUGUCAAGAAGGUCGACUCUAUAUCUCGCCGAUUUAUUUUGAAUCAUAGUUCAUAUGGUAGAUCUGCUAUCAUACAAUUGAUGGCAGUAUUGCGUGAAAAAUACAGUUAACCUACUUGGCGCAAUUCUUUUAACGUAUGGGAUGGAAAACUGCUAGAUGUACUUUUCAAGAAGAAUCAAUCUGUCACACAUACACACAUCUUUGCAACACCCAGUGACGUACAAAGACAGACGAGUUUUUUAUACAUAUACAGGGUGUUAGGGAAAUAAUAUUCGUAGCUUUAAGAGGAGAUUCCUUUCAUUAUUCUGAGUAAAAAAGUUUAUUAUAACUUAUGUCCGAAACGGAAAGGGUCUUCCACCUAGAUACAAAAAAAUUGCUGAGUCACCACUUUUUUGCAUAUACUCAAAAAACUACCAAGUAUUGAUCUAAGUGGUAUAAAUAACUGGUCAUGGUAUGGUGAAGUUUAGCGCCUUCGGUCUGAUCUGUAGGUGCUGAAUGUGGGCUAAAAUCCUGACAAGUCUAUGCAUAAUUCAAAAAUUGGUCUGAGUCAAUGUACUUGACGCUAUUUGUUUUAACUGCAGGUGCGAAGGCAAAGCGGACUGGAGAUAUCAAAGAGGGCGAGAUGCUCAAGCUCCUGCAAUGAGGCAACCCUUCUACGGGAACUUCCCCCCUACACCAUUAUACCCCCCUGAUCAGUAUCCCAGAGAUCGAUUUGGUGGCGAUUGGCGACCGCCUGACAGAGAAUACAGGGAUUAUAGACGUCAACAAUAAUUUUAUGUUUCCUGCGUGAUAAGGCAGUGUACACGUUUUAAAUGUACACUACGCUUUUAAGUUUUAUAGCCCAGGAAAUAGCGGCCAAGAUAGGCUAAAAUUGUUUAUGCUUUGUAGUAUCAAAGUGUUAAGUAUGAAAUUUUGACGUGGGAAGAUUUUGUGAUUGUUUAUGCUUUGUAGUAUCAAAGUGUUAAGUAUGAAAUUUUGAAGUGGGACGAGAUUGUUGUUGUUUCUUGCUGGGGCGAGAAAAAUACGUAAUUCGUUUGAUGCAUUUUUGAAUUUUUGUAUAUGUAAUUUCAGAUAUUUCCUGGUCUAUAAAAGAUGAAUCAAUAAGCCAUUUUGAAAAGUUAUUGAGAAUAUUUUUAGCUAUAAUUUAUUUACUAUUUUAAUUUUUCUCAAUAAUUUUCCAUUAUCUAUGCAUUUUUUGAUUACCAAAUGUUUUAUAAAUCGAUUAUACAUUUUUAUCUGGAUUGGAGGCUGUUCUACAGAAUUACAGGCCUACCAGACUUGUAAAUGUGGUGUACAUAAAUAUAGUAAAUAAAUAUGUUUUGAUAUUGAA